AUGGGUUGCGUAGAAACUUCGGAAUGGAAGGCCUUAGAGGCGCUGCUUGAAGAAAGACACGCAGAGAUCCUUUCCCGCUUUGAAGUUCUUCUCAAUCAUCAGCAGCUGGUCGAGAAAGCUGUGAAGGCUGUAGCUACAACCUCUUCGCAUUUCGUACGGGAAGUGAGUCAGACACCCAAUCAUGAGAUUGCUUUGGAAUCUUCGCCAGACAUGAGCCAAUCGAGUGAAACUUCCAGUGAAGUCGUAUCGCGAGCUGGAUCUUACGAGGUUGCCAAGGAGCAAGGCACCAAGUACCGCCGAAGGGUCUCGGAAAUGGUUCAGAACCAUCAAGAAGUGGUCACUCAUAUCAUACAGGACGAAGAUCCCCCAGAACAGAAACGCAGAUUGCAGCAGUCCUGGAAGUUUGAGGCCUUUUUUUGCGGCUGUUCUUGUAAGUAA